UGUGUGUUUGUAUGUACAGAAUGUCAUCAGAGGUUAAGAGUCUGGAGCCCUCUGACCAAGGACCAUCUACUUCCCUGAGCAGUGCCACACCCUCAGGGAGCCCGGCCCCCUCAGAUAAACGCCUGCGUAGACGGCCGCGCAAGGAUGCUGCUUCUGUUGCAUGCACACUUAAGUCCAAAAGAAAGUGUUGCAGUGAAGGGCAAGGUGGAGCUUAUGAUGAGGAUAGCAUGGACACCACUGAUGUCACAUCAACUCCAGACAUGGAACACACAGAUGUGCUGGAGCCAGAAACAGAUGAUGAUUUCCUUGAGCCACUGGAUCUCAGCCCUAGAGACGAGAGGGCUUUGUCCCCGCUAUUCCAGCGAUCUGUGUCAGAAGACUCUGCUGGCUCAUCUGCCUCUACUGCCAUAAAUGCCAAAACUAGGGAAAAGCUUUGUGCCUUCUGCUACUGUGGAGAAAAGUGUCUCUUGGGUCAGGGUGAGCUGAAACUGUUUGGACCCACCCCUGGUUAUGUGCCGCUUCACAUUCGUAAUCGGCGCGGCAGCUCUGAGAAGGACAAUGAUUAUCAUGAUGAGGAUGAUGAUUUUGAUGACAAUGACAACAACCGGAGCCUAGGACAUCGCAAAAGCGGCCUGAAAAAGAUCAGCUCUCCAGACAGCGGCCUACACUCAACCUCGGCUCCUGGUAGUACCGACCCCACUGCUGAGGAGCCCAACCGAAAGUUUUGGGAUGAACUGGGCCAAAUUGGCCUUCCUGAUGGUGUUAAUGUUGAAUCUUUAUUUGACCCCACUGGCCAGUGCUGCGCUCAUCUGCGCUGUGCAGCUUGGUCAGAAGGUGUAUGCCGUGGGGAGGGACAUUCGCUGCUGUAUGUGGAUAAAGCAAUCGACUCAGGGAGCACAGAGUGUUGUGCAUACUGUAAGCGCCUUGGAGCCUCUAUGAAGUGUUGUGAGGAAAGCUGUAGGCGCUCAUAUCAUUACCCCUGUGCGGCUGCUGCCGGAACCUUCCAGGACAUGAAAAGAUACACUGUCCUGUGUCCAGACCACAUCCAACAAGCCCUCGUACGAUCGAAUGAAGCGGUGCGCUGUCUGGUUUGCGACAGCCCUGGAGACCUGCUGGACCAGCUCUUCUGCUGCACAUGUGGUCAGCAUUACCAUGGGGGGUGUCUGGACAUCGCAGUAACGCCGCUCAAGAGAGCAGGCUGGCAGUGCCCUGAAUGUAAAGUUUGCCUUGCGUGCAAGAACCCAGGGGAUGACAGCAAAAUGUUGGUGUGUGAUAUGUGUGAUAAAGGCUUUCAUACCUUCUGUCUUCAGCCUGUCAUGGACGCAAUACCCACCAACGGCUGGAGGUGCCAGGAUUGCCGAACAUGUGUUCAGUGUGGCAUGAGGCCGAAUAGUCAGUGGUCAUCUAAUGGUCUAACAUGUGAGGGAUGUCAGCAACAGCAGGAUUCAGUGAUGCUCUGCCUUAUCUGUGGGCGGAGUCGUAAUACCGAUGACCCUACAGACAAACACAAUUGCAGUACUUGCAAGAGAUGGGUACAUGCAGACUGUGAGAAACAGGUGGGCUCUGGCCCCAACACUCAGGUACAGGAUGCAUACAUCUGCAGUGUGUGUAAGCAGGUGGAGGAAGAGACCAGGAACAAACAGCCUGUCAGCACCCAGGAGACGUCGCUCACUGACCCAGAAACAGAGGAUGUCUUCACUGGGGAUGAGGAAAUGAAUGAGAUAGAGAAGGAAGUGAUAUUUUUGCCAGAGGCCAGUGAUAGUCCAUUUCUUUCAGUACCAGAAGACUUUCUCUCAUCUGCUGAACCUGCCCAGGAGAUCCAAGUAACAGUCACUCUGACAGAGGGUCCCGAGCCACCACCAUGCUCCUCCACUUUGGUGGGUGUACCCUUGGCCUCUACCAAUACUGAAGACCACAACCAAGAGCAAAAUCUAAUUGAUGCUUUGGAAAGGGGAAAAGGAACAGAGAACACACUGCCUGAAGCUGCAGAGGAUGAACCUGAAACAGACGUUUUAAAAGCUCUUCCUGCUUUGCCGACCAAAGAGACAUCCCCUGAGCGUUUGCCAGCCCUAAAAAAGGAACCCAUGGAUGUCUAUCCCUCAGAUCUCUCUGGUAUGAAGGAUGAGGAGACGGUGAAUGUCCCAGAAGCCCAGAGAAAUGUAAAAGAUGUUGAGCAGGUAACGAAACAAGACCAACAAGAAGACGAAGAGGAGGAGGUAGAAGAACCUGAGCUCAGUUCUGUUCUACCUGAGUCUGUUAGUGUCCCACUGGUUGCAGAGCUCAGUCCUACGGUGGAAAUGGAUACUACACCUUUCAGCGACCACAGCUUCUCAAGUUUCAGCUCUCCCACUGAGGAUAAGAGUCUGAUUUUAAAAAAUUCCCCUGCACUGUCCUUUGAAGGCUCAACCAAAUUGACGCGGUCCCCGUUUUCAACAGAGGCCUCACCCAGGGAGACAUCUCAAAACCAGACUCACACCUAUGGCCAGAACCCAGUCGGAUACAGCCCCAGUGUGUCUAACACUACAUUCAUCCCCCUAAUGCCCAAAAUAGGUAUGGGAAAGCCAGCCAUCUCAAAGAGGAAGUUUUCUCCAGGAAGGCCCAGGGUAAAGCAGGGUGCAUGGAGUAACCGUAGUGCAGUGAGUUCGCCCUCCUGGUCACCAGAGCGCAUGGAGGCCUGGGACAACGCUAAGACCAGGCCGCUGCAUGGGCUGCCCAUCUGGACCGUAAGAUUGGUAAAUGAUGGGAGGGUGGAGCAGGGUUUGGUCUCUGCAGGGGACUGGGCUUUUAAGGGUCGUGGAUCUGGCUUCCCUGGAAGGAGGCGCCCCAGAGGAGCUAACCUGUCUGGGAGAGGUGGUAGGGGACGAUCCAGGUUAAAGACGGAGAGUGGCCCUGUUCUGACCCAUGGGGUGAGCUUAAUGGAUUCUUCAUAUGUAGUCAAAGAAGAGGAGGAGAACUCUAUGCACAACACUGUCGUGAUGUUCUCCACCUCUGACUCCUUCACACUUCAACAAGACAUGUGUGUGGUGUGUGGGAGUUUCGGGCAGGGUUCCGAAGGCAGACUGCUGGCCUGCUCCCAGUGUGGCCAAUGUUACCAUCCCUUCUGCGUCAAUAUCAAGAUCACUAAGGUGGUGUUGAGUAAAGGUUGGCGCUGUCUGGAGUGUACGGUGUGUGAGGCUUGCGGGCAGGCAAGUGAUCCUGGCCGUUUGCUUCUGUGUGACGACUGUGAUAUUAGUUACCACACAUACUGUUUGGACCCACCACUGCAGAAUGUACCCAAAGGCAGCUGGAAGUGCAAGUGGUGUGUGUUGUGUACUCAUUGUGGUGCUACGUCACCCGGCCUGCGCUGUGAGUGGCAGAAUAACUACACGCAAUGCGGCCCCUGUGCGAGUCUCUCUGUGUGUCCUGUUUGUUCACACUGUUAUAGAGAAGAAGAGUUCAUCAUACAGUGCCGGCAGUGUGACAGGUGGGUUCAUGCCACAUGUCAGGGUCUGAACUCUGAAAAAGAUGUUGAGAAUGCAGCAGACGAUGGCUUUGACUGCUCCCUGUGUAGAACACAAACCCCAUCUACCCCUGUUUCCUGUUGUGUUGCUACAGGAUGCACAAUGGCAAGGCUCCUGGACAUCAGUGAGCCUCCGAUGCAGAUGCUAACAAAAGUCAAAGAAAUUGACUUCCAGCAGACAUACACUCAGGAUGGAGUUUGUUUAACAGAAUCUGGCUUGUGUCAGCUCCAGAGUCUGCGUGUUCAGACCUCCCGCCGCAGACGACACAAACCCAAACUGAAGUUAAAGAUCAUUAAUCAGAACAGUGUAGCUGUGCUGCAGACGCCUCCCGACCCCCAAUCUGAACCUUUUAGGGAUGGAGAUGUUAAUCACAGUAGAGAGGGCGACCCAAUGGACUGUGAUGGGAAAUCUGAUUCCAGCCCAGAUCGUGAGACCUGUGACGACCAUUUGAAAUUGGCAGACGGCAACAAGAAGAGGAGGAGGAAGCCAUACAGACCAGGUAUUGGUGGGUUUAUGGUGCGUCAGAGAAGCAAAGCAGGGCAAGGAAAAUGCAAACGGUCCCUCAGUAGGAAGGAGUCCGCAAGCCCCCUGACAGAGAACCUUAUGCUGAAGGAGGAAGGUUGGAAUGAACCGGACACUCCCAUGGACAAGACUCCACUCAUAAAUGAAUCUCUGGAAAAAGUAAAAAAGAGAUACAGGAAGAAGAAAACCAAACUUGAGGAAGCCUUCCCAUCAUACCUACAGGAGGCAUUCUUUGGUAAGGAACUAUUGGAUAAAAGCAAGCAGACCAAGCUGGCCACGGAAACAGGGCUUGUGGAUGAAGACUCCAAACACACGGAUCCCAAAUCACAUAACAGAAGCUUUCUAGGCUCGUUAUCUGACCCGCUUCUGAGUACUACUUGCACUCCGGUCUCAUCUAAAGCAGGGCCGCAACCAAAUGUGGAUGACCCCUUAGCAGAGCUGGUUCUCCAUUCAGAUGAUGAUCUCCUGGGAAUGCUGUCUGAUGACAUGGUCAAGCCAGGCCCUGAAUCAGGUCUUGAUUUAUGCCCAUUCCAGGUGGACAGUCCCUCUCCGUUUGCUGGUCUGGACAUUAGCACAAUUUCAAAUGAUCAGUCGGCUGCUCCUCAUCCUGCUAAAGGGUCUCAGACAUUACAGGAAGAACCACUAAAUGUAAUUCUGAAUCCUGAGCUGGACCAAAUGGUUACUGAUGGGGCCAUUCUUGAUAAGCUCUACAAAAUUCCAGAACUGGAAGGUAAGGAUGUGGAGGAUUUAUUCACAGCAGUGCUCAGUCCAAGCACUAGUCAACCAACUCCGCUUCCUCACCCUCCCAACACUGCUCCCUGUGGACCAGUCAGUGCAGUGUCUAUCCGAAAUUUAGUCGAUGAUGAAAUUUUCCCACGCAUGCCUAUGACAAAUGGUAUGAUGGGACAAAAUACCCAAUUUUUUCCAAACCAAAUGAUUUCUGGAGCUGGAGUAUCUGGUACAUUCUCUUCUAUUCACCGUAUGCCUUUCCCAGAAAAUUUACGAGAGAAGAAAUUCAGUCAGAUAGGUGAAGUUAUGGGUCCCUGGACUUCUCCUGUGCCUGGAUCAGUCCCUCAGCCAGAGGCGGAGACUGACACAAUGUCCAAUGCUCAGAGGAGCAUGUUGAAAUGGGAAAAAGAGGAAACACUGGGAGAAAUGGCUACUGUGGCCCCUGUCCUUUACACCAAUAUGAAUUUCCCUAACCUUCAAGAUGAGUUUCCAGAUUGGACAACUAGAGUGAAGCAAAUUGCUAAGUUAUGGAGGAAAGCUAGCUCUCAGGAAAGGGCACCAUAUGUGCAAAAGGCAAGAGACAACCGAGCAGCCCUUCGUAUAAACAAAGUUCAGUUGUCUAACGACACAAUGAAAAGACAGCAACAUCAGCAGCCAGCUGAUCCCUUUGAUCCCAGCGUUCCCAUGGACACAGAGCUGAUCUUCAAGGACCCACUCAAGCACAAGGAGUCUGAGCAUGAGCAAGAGUGGAAAUUAAGACAGCAAAUGAGACAAAAGAGCAAACAACAAGCCAAGAUUGAAGCCACUCAAAAGUUAGAACAGGUUAAAAAUGAGCAACAACAACUUCAAAAACAGCAGCAACAACAGAAUUUCAGUGGGAACUCGGUUGGAGACACUCCUAAUUGUGGAAGUCAGAGUCCGAUUAAACCUCAGACCAGCAGUGGGGGUAAUGCUUCUGCUUUGCAAGUGUUAACACCCAAUGAUUGCUAUACAAAAAGCCAAACACCAGAAACACCAACAUCAUCUGCAUUAUCAGAUGAUGUAUUUUUGCGUCCCCAACGUCCACCUCUUUCAUCCACAGCAAAGACUCCUACCUCGGAUGCCCAGUAUCCUCAAGGCCCCUUAUCUCAGCCUCAGUCUCCUCAAAUGUUUUCACCCGAAUCAUCUAGUUCCCGUCCCUCUUCACCUUGGGAUCCAUACGGCAAAAUGGUGGGAACCCCCCGGCCACCACCAUCUGGGCCUAGCACACCUCGCAGAGGUUCCACAUCUGACAUGCCAGAGUGGAGUCGGCCCUCACCAGCCCAAUCAUAUGGGUCUCCAACAUCCACCAGCACUGACCCAUAUGCAAAGCCUCCAGACACACUUCAACCAUCAGACCCAUUUGUGAAACAUCCAACCAGGUCCAACAAGGGUCCAACCAGACCCGGACCAGUUUCAGAGCAGCAUCAACAACAAGGACGGAACUUGAUCAGUAAUGUCACAUCAGGAGAAAAUUUCCCCAGACCAGUACAAAGAUCUGAAUCAUACCAACACAUGACCAAUAACCGAAUGGUCCUCUCUGACCCCUACAUUAGGCCUUUGUUAACACCUGUUCCAGGGAGUAAUGAGUCUGGAUCUUUGCCAGUGUUCAGAACACCUAUGCAUCCUUUCCAGUCACAACAAAACUCAUCCAGCUCAACACAACAAGGUUUAAGAAGAGGAUCAUCUGAGGUACAUCAGCCUCUCACACCUCAUUCAUCAAUGGGGGAUGGUUUUACUAAUGAGAACAGAAUAGUGCAUCCAACACAAGGAAGUACUUUUGCCCAACCAUUACCCAUGAGGGAUCCAUUUUCACAGGCACCAUCUACACCUAGACCAGAUAAUCCUCAGCAGAUGCCUGAUCCAUAUGCUCAGCCUCCCAGCACUCCACGACCCUAUGAUCCAUAUGCUCAGAUGCCUGGUACCCCAAGGCCACACUCUGAUCCAUACCCGGUGCCAACAUCCACAACUAAAACUGCAGCAAUUAAUCAGUUUUCUCAAUCACAGUCUUGCACUCGCAGACAAUCUCCAUGUACUGCAGUUGAUCCAUAUGCAGAAAUGCCAGGUACCCCAAGGCCUUCCCUUGGAGAGAGAUAUUCUAAAUCCCCAAGUAGUCAGACAAUCCCAGAUCACUACUUGCAGCCUCCUAGUCUUCAUACUGAACAGUAUUCCCAACCUACAGCUCCUUGCCCAGGGGCUGGAUCAGAGGCCUUCCCCAGACCAAACCUCCAUACAAACAUCAUGUGUAAUCAAACAGACCCAUUUGGCCAUCAAACACAGAGCAAAAUUCAGGACCAAUUCCCUCGUCCAUCUGCGACUUGUUCUCAAACCCCCAAACAUUCUGGGAUUUCAACUGAAGUUUUUUCUCUACCACAGACAAACCCUAGGCAGACACCUGUUCAUGAUCCAUUUGAACAAGUUCCAUUAACCCCAUGCUCACAAUCAGGGGAAAGAUCAUCACAUGAAUUUUCAUCAAAUACAGACAACACAUCAGAAAUAAAGAACAUAAUGCAACCACUGCUUGGAGACACUGAAGACAAAAUUAAACAGCGCCAAAGACUACGACAAUUGAUUCUUAAACAGCAGAAGGAGAAAAGUGCCAUUAGACAGGAAAAGGGACUCCAGGAAACAAGUGCUACAACUGCACAUGGGACUUCACCGCACUGGUUACAAGAUGAUUCUGGACCUCAAAAUGAUAUUUAUGGUAGACCUCCACCCCCAUAUCCAGGAAUUAUGAGUUCUUCACCAGUGCAGACAGGACAAAGAUUUCCUGGAACUUUCCUUAGUGAUCAACGAGGGCCCUUACCUGAUGAACCCCAGUGCUCCCGAGCACCAAUCCCCAGGGAUCUCAACAACAUUAGAAUGAGACACCAAGGACAAAGGUUUGGAUUCCCUCAUGGACCUCCAAGCCAAGAUCAGUUCUUCAGGCCCUCUAACAAGAUGCAAAGUGGCCCGAUGGCUGACAGUGUUCCACUACAUAUGAGAAGACCUCUGUCAGUUGAUCUUGUAAGGUCAAUGGGCAGUAAUCAUCAGAUGGGUAUUUCUCAGAAUUUUCCACCACGUAGUCCUCAAAUGCAGCAACACAAUAUAAUGGGCCAACCAUUCAUUGAGCUUCGUCACAGAGCUCCAGAAAACAGAGUCAGACUACCUUUUGGGCCACCUAAUGUUUUGGAUCAUACUAAUUAUUCUCAGAGACUUGGCUUCAUGGGAGGCCAAAAUAUUACUUUUACUGGAAAUCAAGGUCCCAGAAUGAUGGAUCCAAUGUCGGGUUACUCUCAACAUGAACCUAACAGUCACUUGCAGACAUCAACUAAUACAGAAACGCGGCAUCACCAGCCAUGUACCUUAGUGAAUACAACACAACUACAGAUUCCAAUAGCAUCACCACAUAAUAGUUCUGUCAGUAGUGAUUCAGUUGCUACAUCUCAGCAUGCACUUCUUCCUGUGAGAGCCUCAGGUCCAACAGAAGAAAUAACAUUACCUUGUAAUGAGGGUAUUGAAGGACAAAUAGACACAGAUGAUUCUGCUGUGAAAGACCUUGAUGACGUUGAGGUCAAAGACUUGGUUGAUGAAGACCUGGACAACCUGAACCUUGAUGCAGAUGAUGGCAAAGAUUUAGACCUGGAAACAAAUGACCUUCACCUUGAUGAUCUUUUGGAAUCUGGUAAGUUUGAUCUUAUUGCUUACACAGAUCCUGAACUGAACCUUGAAGACAAAAAAGAUAUGUUUAAUGAAGAUCUAGAUCUGAGUGACCCAAUAGAAGAUGAUCAUAGGGAAACUUCAAAUAUUCAGAAGGAUUUGUCUGAGAAAAUAAGUGUGACACAUGAAGAUAUUUCAUCAGCCCAACUUAAAUCAGUGGAUGUACACAAUUCUAUGAAUGUAAAACUAGAGGAGAACCUAUCAAAUGAGGUUCUUGAUAACCCUGACGGAAAUAAUAAAACUAAGGGACAUCAAGGGGUAAUUUCCAGCCAGGAGCAUUCUCUUACUGGAAGUUCAAUGAAUGAGAAUCAAUCCAUGAGCAAUAAAGGUGGUCAAGAUGAUGUCUCAAAGGUUUUAAAAGAGCCUUGUGCUGCCAUAAGUUCUGGUUCUGCUCCAGUACUGUCUAACAUGUUAACUGAGAAAAUUGAAGACACUAGGUGUGGAUCCAUAGUUUCACCUCUACCAAAUGACUCCACUGUCAAAACUAAUCUUGGCCCAAGUGUACAGUCCAGCAUGGGUAUGGUGAUGAUACAAGGACAACCGCAAGGUCAUGGUAUAAGCCCUGGAGUGACAAUGGUCAACAGGGGUGACCCAACUGUAACUCAAGGAGCACCGUUAGGUAACCCAAAUAUGAUGCAGUCUGGAAACCAGCAGGUGCUUCUGCAGAGGUUUGGAUCUUCACAAGGCCAAAAAGCGGAAGUGAACCUCACCGUGAUUAGUGGUCAGCAGCCUGAUCCUCAUUCCUUAAACCAUACUCAACAGGGCAUGUUUACUUCUGGGGCUGCCGGGCAACAAGGUUGUCAAAGGCACCAGAAUGAACACAGCAGGCCUCUACUGUUAGAUGAACAGCCACUCCUUCUGCAAGAUCUUCUGGAUCAAGAAAGACAGGAGCAACAACAACAAAGGCAAAUGCAGGACAUGAUUCAGCAACGGUCAAGUGACCCUUUUUUCCCUAACAUUGAUUUUGACUCCAUUAUUGACCCAAUCAUGAAGGCAAAGAUGGUGGCUCUAAAGGGGAUCAACAAAGUCAUGGUACAGAACAGUAUGGGCAUGAAACCCAUAGUUAUGAAUAGAAUGCAACAGGUACCUGGAACACAUGGACAAGAUCCAUCUGGUUUCUCUCAACAUUUUUUUGGACUGGAUGGGAAGUUGCCACCACAAAUUGUGAGGCCCAAUCCCCCUAACUUUGGACCAGGGUUUGUCAACGAUUCACAGAGGAAACAGUAUGAGGAGUGGCUUCAAGAAACACAGCAGCUUCUUCAAAUGCAGCAAAAGUUUCUAGAGGACCAGAUUGGGUCCCACAGGAAAUCUAAAAAGGCCCUCUCUGCAAAACAACGCACAGCAAAAAAAGCUGGGCGGGAGUUCUCAGAGGAGGAUGCCGAACAACUAAAACAUGUGACUGAACAGCAAAGCAUGGUUCAAAAGCAGCUGGAACAGAUACGAAAGCAGCAAAAGGAGCAUGCAGAGCUUAUUGAGGAAUAUCGUGUUAAACAGCAGCAACGUCUUCAACCUGGUGUAAUGGCUCCAAUCCAGGCCAUUCCAGGAAUCCAAGGACAGGCCCCUGGAAUCAUGCCUGGUAGACCUCCUGUGGGCCAGCCUAUAGUAGGUUCCAUGAUUCCAAUGCAACAACCCCAUCUUGGUCAACCCAAACCUUCUCACAUGCCAGGAUGGCACCCAGGUGCUGGGGGCCCAAUCGGCGGACCUAGGAUGCUGCCUCAGAUGCCGUUGUCUACCGCUACCCAGCCUCUCCAGGGGCAGCCACCUCCCACAAUUGUUCCAGGAGGUCAAACUGAACAGCCUAGUGCUGUAUCUGGAGUAAAUGGAGCCAGUAGCAGUGCCCCUCAUGUAAAGUUUGAUGAUAAUAAUCCAUUUAGCGAGGGUUUCCAGGAGCGGGAACGCAGAGAGCGCCUUAGAGAACAGCAAGAGAAACAACGGGUUCAACUUAUGCAGGAAGUUGAAAGGCAAAGGGCCUUGCAGAGGCUAGAGCUGGAGCAGCAGGGCUUGGGAAUUGGACCUGACAACAGCAUGGGUGGCCUUUCCCAGAUGCCCUUCUUUAAUUUAGACAUGUCACAAGAAUUUACUCAGACACUAAGACCACAACAGCAACAACAACAGAUGCGCCCAAUAUUUCCCCAGCAAGCAAACAUGACUUCAGACUUUGUGGGUUCCGGUCCUGCCUUUCUUCACAGUGGAGAGUGUCAAUCUAUGUCUGGCCAUUGCUCUUUCGGUCCAGAUAUAGGUCCAAAUGUUCAACCUAAGAACCCUAUGAUGUGUGGUCUACAACCAGGUCAGUCUCGUCCAACUGGGUUUGGAAAGCCUGGAAUGACACACUAUGUUGGAGGUGAGGGUUCUUCAUUUGGCAUUGAUACUACAACCCAAUUACCUCCUAAUUUCCCCAGCUCAGGACAGUCUCUGAUCCAGCUCUACUCUAACAUCAUUCCUGAGGAGAAAGGCAAAAAGAAAAGGAAUCGAAAGAAGAAACAGGAUGCUGAUGCAGAUUUAAAAACACAUACACCUCACCCUUACCUCACUGCCCCAUUGACACCAUCUGUAUCUGAGACAUCAUCCACACCAACAUGCAGUGCCGCUGUCUUGGGGGACCAGGACGCCUCUGAGUUUUCCAAUCCCUUAUGCUCUAUUAACAGUCUAUCAUCAUCUGCAGAGCAGGAAAGCAAUCUCUCUAGAGGUACUCAGCUGCAACAACAAUCAAGUGUGGGCUCUGAAGUUGAAAGAGGGCUUCUCCAUGACAUUAAGUUAGAAAAGGUAGAGACCAGUGAGUGCCAGAAUACUGAGGGAGAGCCUGCACUCAGUCUGAGUACAGCAGAGGCUGGGAUUGUAAAGACUGAAGAGGGUAAUGCGGGAACUUCCCCAAUUCCAACAUCCCAGAAUGGGGACUCUGGAAAUGAGUUGCUUAAACACCUUCUGAAGAACAAAUGCACACCUCCUCCUUCCUUUCUCACACAUCAGCACUCUAAUGACAGCAUACAAUCAGAGGAUGAAAGCCUCACUGACAGCAAAAGCUCAGUAAGACUGGACAGUACAAAUUCUUUGAAUAAAAACAGACACUUAAUGGGAAAUGCUGAUCUUGACACAACUGUAGCCGAUCUGUGUAAGAGAAAACAGCGCAACAAAAGGACAUCUAAGACUGAAGCUGAGAAACCUCCAUCACGCUGGAAAAAGAGGAAAAAUGAAGAUGAAGAGAGGCAGGCACUGUACACCAAUACAGACCUGCUGAUGACACAACUCAAACAGCAGCUCACUAUGCUGCCAUUGAUGGAGCCCAUGAUUGGGGUUAACUUUGCACACUUUCCCCCAUAUGGCAGCGGGCAGUUUAAUGGAGAGAAUAGACUGUCGGGAUCUUUUGGAAGUGCGUAUCUGGAUGGGUUAUCUGACUACUACUCACAGCUCAUCUAUAAGCAGAACAAUCUUAGCAAUCCUCCAACACCACCUGCUUCACUUCCACCCACACCACCUCCUGUGGCAAGGCAGAAGUUGUUAAAUGGCUUUGUAACUGCAGAGGAACUGGCAAGGAAGACUGAUGUUAUGGUUUCUAAAAGCUUGGGUCAGAAGCAGCUCACUGCCACAUUUAAAGGUGAAGAUGAACUGCUGGGUCACACAAUUACUCAGGGUCCUAAGACUGUUGACGUUCCUGCAUCCCUACCAACUCCACCUCACAACAACCAGGAGGAAAUUCGGGGUCAGGAACAUUGUGUCGACAGGGACACUCCAAACAGCUUUGUCCCAUCAUCUUCUCCUGAAAGCGUAGUUGGCAUGGAAAUCAGCCGUUACCCAGAUCUCUCUAGAGUUAAAGAAGAGCCACCAUCUCCGGCUGUUUCUCCAGUCAUCCCCAUGCUGCCCAGUGCAAGUAAAGACUCUGAUGCCAGGCUGUUGGAAGUCAAGAAAGAGCCAGCAUGCAAUUUUUUCGGUUCGCAUCUGGGACAGCUGUCCAUUUGCUCAAAGACUGACCUGGUGUCAGUAGCCAUUACUCUAGACACAGUAGCUGCAUGGAACAUUCAAGGGGUGGUGUCAACGCUGGCAAACAUGCUGUGUGUGUCUAUCCCAGACAGUUAUGACGUGAUUCGUUCUUCAGGAGCAGAGCAGGUCCCUCCUCACACGACUCUGUUCCACCAGCAACCUGCUAUGAAGCUACUUAGGCCACCAGUUGCCCCAGUACAUCCCCAAACAUUGAACUUUGGUUCUGUUAUGGUGAGACCAGGCUACCAAAUGGGUGGAAACAGCCCAGGACCUAGACCACAGUGUUGUUCCAAUUGCAAAGUGGUGGUUCUUGGGAAUGGUGUCUGCAAAUCUACCAAAGACCUGCCCAUAAAUAAACAGGACCGUGGAGGAUCUGAGAGGAGUCUUGUCUUCUGCAGCCAUAACUGCUGUGUUCUUUACUCAGCAUCCAUGCAGACUAUGUCAGCAAAUAACAAACCAAAUAUGUCUUUACUGUCUAACUCUGAGGACAAGCAAAGUCCAGCUAAGGUGCUCCAUAAGUACAGUAACAACAUAUCUGAUCUUGAUGUACAUUGUCUGGCUCAGCUACAGCCUAAGCAGUCUCCACCAACCCCUCCACUCAGAGGAGAUAAGUCUGAUACUCUUAAGGUCACAGUCAAACUAAAGCCUCGGCCCCAAACGUUGCACAAUGGAGGGGAUGAACUUCGCUAUUUGUCAGGGAAGCGCUUUAAGGCUCUGCGUUGGAAGAAAUGGAGCAUUCAAAUUGUGGUGCCUAAGGGCAAUUACCACCUAUCUGGGGAGCACGAGGUUGAUGAGCUGCUGAAGAGACUGGGGACCUCUCUUAGACCUGAUCCAAUGCCCAAAGACAUGCGCCGCUGCUGUUUCUGCCAUGAAGAAGGAGAUGGACUCACUGACGGGCCAGCCCGCCUUCUCAACCUUGAUCUGGACUUGUGGGUGCACCUCAACUGUGCCCUGUGGUCAACUGAAGUGUAUGAGACCCAGGCCGGAGCUCUCAUUAAUGUAGAACUGGCCCUGAGGAGAGGCCUGUCAGUUCGUUGUGCAUACUGCCAGCAGACAGGCGCCACGAGCGGUUGCCACCGUUUGCGCUGCACUAACGCAUACCAUUUUACUUGUGCCGUUAAAGCACAGUGUACCUUUUUCAAAGACAAGACCAUGUUGUGUCACAUGCACCGACCCAGGGGAACCAGCGCGUUUGGAGGUGUGCUGUCAGGGACAGAGCAUGAACUCCGCUGCUUUGCCGUGUUCCGCCGGGUCUAUGUGCAAAGGGACGAGGCGCGACAGAUUGCCAGCAUUAUUCAGAGGGGUGAGCGGGAACACACCUUCCGUGUAGGCAGUCUGGUUUUUCAUUCUGUUGGUCAGCUGCUUCCCCAGCAAAUGCAGGCCUUCCACUCGAUGUCUGCUAUCUUUCCUGUGGGCUAUGAGGCCAGCCGUAUCUACUGGAGUAUGCGCUGCGGGAAUCGUCGAUGCCACUAUGUGUGUUCCAUCGAUGAGAAUGACGGUGAACCUGAGUUUAUCAUUCGUGUGGUGGAGAGGGGUUAUGAUGACUUGAUACUUACUGGAUCCUCACCAAAAGGUGUUUGGGAUAAGGUUUUGGAGCCAGUGGCGAAGAGAAGGAAUGAGACUGGAUCUCUAAAACUCUUCCCAGUCUACCUGAAGGGAGAGGACCUGUUUGGACUGACUGUAUCUGCUGUUACCAGGAUUGUGGAAUCUCUUCCUGGAGUGGAGGCAUGUGAGCGGUACAAUUUCCGUUAUGGUCGUAAUCCACUAAUGCAGCUACCCUUGGCUGUUAAUCCAUCUGGAUGUGCCCGCUCUGAACCUAAAGGAUGCACACAUGUCAAGAGGUUUGUAUUAAGGCCUCAUACCCUGACCAGCACCAGCUCUUCAAAGACUCUGCAGAGCUCUGGAAACCCAGCCGAGAUUGGUGUUGCCCCAUACAGCAAACAAUUUGUCCACUCCAAGUCCUCACAGUACCGUCGCAUGAAAGCUGAGUGGAAGUCCAAUGUCUACCUGGCUCGCUCACGCAUACAGGGUUUAGGAUUAUAUGCAGCCAGAGACAUUGAAAAGUACACCAUGGUGAUUGAAUAUAUUGGGACCAUCAUUCGCAAUGAGGUGGCAAAUAGAAAGGAGAAGAUGUAUGAGGCACAGAAUCGUGGAGUCUACAUGUUUCGCAUUGAUAGUGAGCAUGUCAUUGAUGCUACCAUUUCAGGAGGACCUGCAAGGUACAUCAACCACUCCUGCACACCCAACUGCAUUGCUGAGGUUGUGUCCUUUGAAAGAGGUCACAGAAUCAUCAUCAGUUCAAACCGCAGAAUCCAGCGUGGUGAAGAGUUGUGUUACGACUACAAAUUUGAUCUGGAGGAUGAUCAACACAAAAUCCCGUGUCACUGUGCUGCAGUUAACUGCCGGAAGUGGAUGAACUAAAGAAAAAUGAUGGACAGUUCAAUGUUUAUGCAUUCCUUGUUUGUUUUAUACAAUUUAUGACAACCGGCACGAUUUAGACCGCAGAACUGUAAUGCUUUUUGUAGACAUGGUUUUCAUAAAUGUAACCUGACUCGAGUGGUCUGUCUUGAAUUCAUGCUAGGAGAGUUGGUAAGGUAAAAACAGGCUGCACACCGGUUACUCUAUAUUGCAAAGACAAUGUAAAUGUAUUUUUUUCCACAUGAGAGACAAAAUGAAGAGUCCUGGCAGACGGAGAGCAAGUUUUUAGGUGAGCUUGGGCUUGAGUGCUGGCCACAGCCUUAUUUAGAUAUUAAGAGGCUGGUCCUCUGGGUAAAGAAAUAUAAAUUUACAAAUAUUUACAAAUAGCAAUGUAGACACCACUGAAUAAGGAAUGUACUGAGAAUACUUCCUUUGGGAUAAAGCUAAGGGAAUUAUUAACUUGCACUAAAACAGAAAGAUACCGUAAAACUACUUGAUUCCAUGAGUCAGUUUAUUUUUCCUUUGUUUUAAUUUCUGUAAAUUAAGAGACAGCUUUUGUAUUUAUUAUUGAUUGAAGCUAUUUUUAAAAAAAAUGUGGAAAAGCAGUGUGUCGUGCUGCCGAUAGGACAGAAGAUGUUACUUUAUAUGAUGUGUAAAUAUUCAUCUAUAAAUGAAAAAUUUUAAAUACUCGACCAAAUGUUACCUUAACUUUAUCCUAGGUGACCUUUUGUUUUCAGUAAAGCAAAUAAAUGUAUUUAAGAAGGAUGUCAAGAUAUCAUUUUGAGAGUAUAUGUGUUGUGUAAAAUUGUACAGAAUCUGUAAAAAUUGAAGAAUUCAGAGUAUUUUUGUUGUAUUUUGAAUGUAGAAACUAUUGUCUAAAAUGGUCUGACCACUUAAAGAAAAUUAUUUUCUUUCAUUGUUUUUCUUUUGCCAUUUUAUCUGUUGUUUACAAUCAAAAUGAUCACCAGUCAUGCAAGAUGAUUGUGACAUCCUAACUGUUUAUCAGAAUAGUGUGCACUGUGAAUUUCUAUUAGAAUCAACCCAUAAAUCCAUCUCAUAGUUUUACCAUAGUGAGCACAGGCUGCUUCACACCACUCACAUUGAGAACUUCAGAAAUGAGAUUCAGAAAACUUAUUUCUUAGAUUAAUGAAAUAUGCUAGGUUCAUGUUUACAUUAAAAAGAGUUUUUUGGUGUUUUUCAAAAAUCAUAAUAUGUUUUCACAAAUUUAACAUGAUAAAUAACCCAAAACCUGGUAAUGUCAUUUUGCAAACCAGUUUGAGAUGAACUUGGACUACAACUUAAACAAUCCUGAAUACAUGGCAUGUUUUUUUUUUUUUAAGAUAGAGUUGUACAUGUUUUCUGAAUGACUAGCUGUAAUGAAAUUUGUUUCUUUACAUUUUCUUUGUACAAUAUUCAGACAUUUUACAGUAUUUGUAAUUUUUUGUCCUCUAAAGUAGUACCCAAGUUUAAAGCUUUUUUAAGUAUACUACGUGUUGGGUUUGGAGUUUGUGGAAUCAGAUUUAGGAACAUUUACAAAAGCAAAAUAAAAUAUUUUACAUCACAUUCUC